AUGGCUGGCGGUGUUGUUAUCGCAGGCACUGCCGACGUAGGCCGCGUCGAGGCGCCUGUUACGCUCAAGGCCUACUUAAUUUGUGCCUUUGCCGCCUUCGGUGGUAUCUUCUUCGGUUACGAUACCGGCUGGAUGGGUGGUGUGUUGGCCAUGCCAUACUUUAUCAGUCUAUACACUGGAAUCCCCUAUGAUUAUAUCAACAAGGUGCCCAUAGGCGUUGACCAAAAAGCCUUCGUUCUACCGUCGGCAACACAGUCGCUCUUCACGUCGAUCCUGUCAUGCGGUACCUUCUUCGGCUCUCUUGUAGGUGGUGAUAUUGCAGAUUUCGUCGGCCGGCGUCCCACAAUUAUCGCGGGAUGUUUCGUUUUUUCCGCUGGUUGUAUUAUGCAAAUCUCCAGCACCAACCAGGAGGUCCUGUUUGUCUUCGGCCGUCUAAUCGCUGGUGGUGGUGUCGGUUUCAUCUCCGCUGUUGUCAUUCUGUACAUGUCUGAAAUUGCGCCUAAGAAGGUUCGUGGUGCUAUGGUCUCUGGAUACCAGUUCUGCAUUACCAUCGGUAUCCUCCUGGCUAAUUGCGUCGUUUACGCCACCCAAUCACGCUCCGACUCUGGCUCAUACAGAAUCCCUAUUGGCGUCCAGUUCCUGUGGGCCAUUAUUCUUGGUGUCGGUCUUUUUAUUCUCCCCGAGUCUCCUCGUUACUUCGUCAAGAAGGGUAAAAUUGAAGAGGCCGCCAAAGCCCUCGCUUAUGUCCGUGGCCAACCCAUAGAGUCGGAUUACAUCAAAGAUGAACUAGCCGAGAUUGUUGCCAAUAACGAGUUCGAAAUGCAGCAUAUCCCACAGAGAUCAUACAUCGGUUCUUGGACUGCUUGCUUUAAGGGCUCUCUUUCUUCAGGCAAUAGUAGCAUCAGGAGAACGAUAUUAGGAACUGGAUUGCAAAUGAUGCAACAAUUAACUGGAAUUAACUUUGUGUUCUACUUCGGUCCUCCAUUCUUUAAACAACUCGGAACUAUCGGGAAUCCUUUCCUAAUCUCCUUGGUUACGACCCUUGUCAAUGUUCUGUCAACGCCUAUCUCGUUUUACACUAUUGAGAAGUUUGGUCGUCGCGCUCUGCUACUGACUGGUGCUACUGGUAUGAUUAUUUCUCAGUUCAUCGUCGGUGCAGUAGGUGUUACUCAGGGAAGAGAAGAGGUUCAUAACAACGCUGCCGUUCAAGCCAUGAUUGCCUUCAUCUGCAUCAACAUUGCUUUCUUCGCUACUACCUGGGGUCCCACCGCUUGGGUCGUCGUUGGCGAGAUUUUCCCGCUACCGAUCCGAUCUCGUGGUGUUGGUAUUUCCACAGCCUCCAACUGGUUCUGGAACACCAUCAUUGCCGUCAUUACCCCUUACCUUGUGAAUGUGGACGAAGCCAACCUGGGACCUAAGGUGUUUUUCCUAUGGGGUUCGCUCUGCUGUAUCUCCUUGACGUUCGCCUACUUCCUCGUCCCCGAGUUGAAGGGUUUGUCCCUCGAGCAGGCCGAUAUGUGCAUGCAAGAAGUUCCUCCCAGGCGCUCUGCCAACUGGAAGCCGAGCCACACCUUCGCCGCCGAAAUGCAUCACGUGGAGGACAACGCGGCUCUCGUGAACACCACUGUCGAGGAGAAGGUCUAAAGGGUUGGCCUUUUAGAUGCGUUGCUAUUAAAGGGGGGGUCGGUGGUGUGCAUUGUUCUUGUUACUCGGAAGAAGCGCGGAUGUAUUAAUCGAGCAUUGAACAACUCAACUUAUGGAGGUAACCUACCUACGUGAUAUACCUUAAAAAUGUUUCAAUAUAAUUCAUUUGAGAAGACUACUUAUAUUUCCAAUGACUUUAAAAUAAAACGUAGCUCAUUCAUCCCUGGAAGUACGUUUCGAUUACCUAUACCAUGGUCCCGCUUCCAUAAUCGACAAACCCCUACGUCAACUUGCUACAGUACAUGAGCAUCCAAAUCCAAUUGGUCGGAUCUCUUGUGCCAUUCCCAAGACGGCAUGUUCUGAGGCUUCUUGAGGUUUUGAUUUGUUGAUAUAAGUGGGACGUGUACUGUACAUAGUAGCAAGUCGGCGCUACCUAUAGGAUGUAAAAUAUCUCUA